AUGCUGCCCCGCCCACCCGCACCCUCCCGCCGCUCCGACCAGCUGGAGGUGAUCCAGACCCUCCAGCCCAUGUUUGAGGAGCACAUCCUGCCCCUGCUGACCCCCGUGGAGGACCUCUGGCAGCCCUCCGACUUCCUGCCCUCCUCCCAGGACCCAGACCAGUUCUACCAGGAGAUCACCGAGCUGCGCGAGCGCGCCGCCGAGCUGCCCGACGAGCUGUUUGUGUGCCUGGUGGGCGACAUGAUCACGGAGGAGGCGCUGCCCACCUACAUGGCCAUGCUCAACACCCUGGACGGCGUGCGCGACGAGACGGGGCGCAGCCAGCACCCGUACGCGCAGUGGACCAGGCAGUGGAUUGCGGAGGAGCACCGGCACGGCGACGCGCUGGGGCGCUACCUCUACCUGUCUGGGCGGGUGGACAUGAAGCAGGUGGAGCGCACCGUGCAGCGCCUGAUCAGCGCCGGUAUGGACCCGCGCUCCGAGAACCACCCCUACCUCUGCUUCGUCUACACAUCCUUCCAGGAGCGCGCCACCAAGGUGUCCCACGGCGGCACCGCCCGCAUCGCCAAGGCCUGCGGCGACGAGCCGCUGGCCAAGAUGGCCGGCCUGAUUGCGGCGGACGAGAGCCGGCACGAGGCCGCCUACACCCGCACCAUGGAUGCCAUCUUCAAGGCCGACCCCAACGGCGCCAUGCUGGCGUUUGCAGACAUGAUGCGCAAGCAGAUUGUCAUGCCGGCGCACCUGAUGGACGACGGGCGGCACGGCGAGCUGAACAACGGGAGGAACCUGUUUGAGGACUUCUCGGAGGUGGCCGAGGGGCUGGGCGUGUACACCGCCAUCGACUACUGCAAGAUCAUGGAGCACCUGAUCCAGAGGUGGCGGAUCGCAGACCUGACGGGGCUCAACCCCAAGGCUGCCGACGCCCAGGAGUUUGUGUGCAACCUGCCUGCCCGCAUCCGCAAGCUGGCGGAGCGCAAGGCUGUGCGCAAGGCCAAGGCCAAGAAGACUGCCGUCCAGUUCAGCUGGCUGCACGACCGCGCCCUGGCCGUCUAA